GUGUCACAGAUGACAGCUCAAACAAAUCAAGAUGGACGAUUUUGAUUUGGAUUUGUCUGCAUGAUUCGCUUUAUUGAUAAGGAAUUGUGAAUAAAGUGUGUUAAGUAAAUGUUUGUGUCUUAAAAAAAUCAUAAGAUGAUGGAUAUUAAAAUCUACAUAAAACAUUCACCGGAAUAUUAUCGAAAGAUGCACUAAAUUUGAUUUCCGUUUUUGUGAUGACUGAAACGUAGAACGGACCUCCUUUUUUAUUCUAGAAACAAUAUUUUUUUCGGAUUUUUUUUUAUUUCACAUGUGUUUUAAAAUUAACUUUGUGCCUUCAAAUAAACAUUCGAAGCAAAUCGCAUACGAAAAACGCAGCAAAUUAAAAGAAAAAUUCUAAUUGUCAGGUGGAUUAAAUUCCCGGGUGUGUGUAUGUGUAAUAAGAGCGAUUUGGUUUGCCAACAUCUUCAAAUUAUACUACACUUAACAAAUAAUGUGAAAUGCCUAAAUGAUCAAGUGAAAUAUUUUGUCUAAAAAUUUCGAGACAAAAUAAAAUCGAAUGGUGUAACAGUGUGGUGAACGAAAUUUUUGUUGAAAAAAGAAAUUUUUUUUUUGGUCAAAAAAAAAUUUAGUUUUUUGUUUAUUCUGUGGAUUCCAAACCACUUGAAAACAAAUAAAAUGGAAUCCCAUCAAGAUACCACGGUCCACAUUAUGCAGAUGGGCAAACGUGGAUCUGCCGCAUUCAUCAACGACGAAAUGAAACAUUCGAACGGUGUACCAUCCGAGAAUCUAUCUGCAUUACUUCGCACAAUAUUAGAUCCAGAUUCGCAAAUCGAUGACACGGAAAAUAUUGAUUGGUGCAAAUGGAUCAUUGCAGGUGGACGAACUCUUUCCGACUUUGCUGCUACAGUUGCUGGCUACGAUAACCAUGCAAAGUGUGGCCUGGUUUGGGUACCACAUGUGGUGGCAUACCGAUGUCGUACCUGUGGAAUUUCACCGUGCAUGUCAAUAUGCCGAAAUUGUUUCAAAAAGGGAGACCACUCAACGCAUGACUUUAACAUGUUCCUAUCACAAGCGGGCGGCGCUUGUGAUUGCGGAGACACGUCUGUGAUGAAAGCAGAAGGAUUUUGCAGCGAUCAUGGUAUAAACAAUACGUCCAACAAGUCUCCGGUACCGAACGAUUUAAUGGCUGUGGCUGAAGCGGUAAUGCCUCAGCUGUUGUUGCGAUUAUUGUAUCACUUCCGGGACAGUGAUACGGAAGAAUCAGCGAAAAGGUGUGAUGAAUACAUUGGAAUGCUGAUGGAACUCAAUAAUAUGGGAGAAUUGAUGCGGCGUGUUAUGACGAAAGCGCUGAUCAAUUCACAGUUGUAUAAAGAGCUGGUGGAACCGAAAGAUACAGACGAUGAGAACGUACGUGAGUAUAUGAUUCUAAGCAAACAAAGAUACGACGAUGCGGUUCAACGAUUUCCAAGGCCGGACGCUCCGGAUGAAUAUAAACAUCUUGCCGCUCUUGGAGAAACCAUCAACCAUGCGACACUGUUGGAAGAAUUCAUUUUCUGGACGUUUAAAUUAGAAUUUCCUCAAAACAUCGUUUGUUUUCUGUUAAACAUGAUACCGGAACAAGAUUACAAGGAGCACCUAACUAGAACAUUUGUAAUGCACUACAGCCGGAUACCCAGCGUGCUGGAGAUGUCCAAGGAUCCGGACACGCUCAGCAACCGGGUCGUUCACAUGAGUGUACAAUUAUUUUCCAACGAAAGCUUGGCAUUGAAAAUGGUUGAAGAACUGAGUUUAUUGCAUGUCAUGGUCAUCAGUUUGAAGAUGAUGAUGACGAAAAAUCUGAUAGAAAAUACUCUUCACGAUCCAUCGAAAAAUUUCCAUUACGUCAUCGACUGUUCGAAGCCGGUUAUGAAGGACCACUGCUAUUGGCCGCUGGUUUCCGAUUUCAAUAACGUUCUGUCCCACGAAUCUGUGGCGCUGGUCUUUUUGCGCAACGAUAAACUGGUGGACAUGUGGUUCCAAUUCUUGUUCAUGCUACAGGGUAUGAAUGUUAACGAACGAGAAACGGGCACUCACGUUGAAUAUGAACCGGGGUCAUAUUAUGCCGCAUUUUCGUGCGAACUGGAAGCGAGCGCUUAUCCAAUGUGGUCGAUCAUAUCCCAUUUGAAGGAUGCCACGCAUACGGAUCUGGCCAACAACAUACUGAGAUUUUGUAUCAAAUAUUUGAAGGAUUGGCUGAAGGCAAUUUUCUUAUACCAACCGAGAAUCGAACCGCGUGAGAUGUUGGUGGCGUCUUUUCAUUUUCCGCUUCAUCGGUAUUUGGCAGCAUUUACUUGUCAAGCUGUUAAAUGCAUGGGGAUGUCACUCAACAAUAUUCUUCCAUCGACUAAUGAUCUAACACUGUUAAUGAUUCAUCCGUUGAGAGUACAGAGUUUCUUCUACGAAAUUCUUGCCGGCGUGUGGAUCCGUAAUGGACUGCAAAUCAAAGGACAAGCUAUGACCUAUAUCCAGGCAAACUUUUGCAAUUCAAUGGUGGACAUGGAUUUGUUCUUUCUGCAAAUCUGUGCAACCCAACUACCUGCUCAGACAUUUCUAACAACAGCAAUCGAAAUUUUCGGCGUAAAAGAUUGGCUGGGUAUGUGUCCGUUAACUACGACGCACGAAUUAGAACAGGAUUCGAUGCUGGAAGGCCUGUUAACGUUUCUGGCAACAUUAGUUACAUCACGCACGAAUUUGGGCAACACCGAGCAAACGCAAUGUAUCAUCGAGAUAAGCGCACUUCUCGCAACCGGUGACAAGACGCACAGCCAGCUUCUCGAACUGAUGCCAGAGCGAUCAGGCAAUGCUCAUACCAGAAACUUCGAUACUUUUCUGAAAGAGUUAUCGAAUUUCCGAAGACCACCGCAGUCGUCGGAAAAUUUGGAACAGGGCCUGUUCAUACCGGUGUCGGCUGUCUGGGAAAAAUACUACGAUCCUUUGCACGUGCUUCUGCGAGCUAUACAUCGUCGAGAUUUCCAAAAUUCAAUGGAUCGAUUCACAAACUACGUAAAGCAGGAAAAUAAGAUGCCGAAAAGCGGGGUUCUUUGGCCACCAUUUCGUCUGCCGAGACCUAUUGGCGCCAACUACAGCGAUCCAUCAUUCGUGUUGCAUUCGCGUGUGUUCCACUCGACAAUACUCGGCAUUUUGUAUAGGGCUGUGCAUUCACACAACAUAUCUGAGCAUAUGUUAGCGUUAGCAAUUUUCCUGUUAGAAGUGGCUGUUACAACAGAUGGAGGUACGUCAUGUAAAGAUACCGUGCUGGAAUGCGGUCGUUUAUCAUCAGCGUCACAUCGAGAUGAACGAGAUCCACCAGAACUGUUGAAUUGUUAUCCUGGUGAUUGUUUAAGUGAAAAUUUACGGUAUUGCGUCUCACGAAUUUCGUUGGCAUCACCCGAACCACAAGGUGCUACAUGUGCAAAUUAUACCUUAUUCGACAGUGACAUAGAAUACGAAAUUUCGGAAAGUGAAACACUUCCGAUGCUAGUGGGCAACGUUGACGGAGUACAUCAGUCUAGUGGAAUGGAAUUGGCAGUACCGCAUGAUCUGUCUGUUGGUGUUCCACAGGAUUUGUCCAUUGUUCGGGGUCAGUCUUUAGUUCUGCAUACAAAUACUGAGGACUCAAUUAUGGACGAAGAUUUGUCACCGACAACGCAAUCUCUGCCGCCAAUAACAAUGUCGGAAAAUGAUCAAGCAAUUACCGAAUAUUUACCAGGCAGGCAAACUGAAUUGCACAUCGAUACACACUUACCUCUUCAAGCAAGUACACUGAUGGAAGUUGCAAUUAGACGUAAUUUAGGAUCAAGCAACCCUUCGAGAGAAGUGUUUCGACCAGCUACAAAUGCUGCUACGGGAAUGCUUUUACCAUUUCAAAGAGUUCAACCAGUACCCGUUACUAGUACUAAUUUAGAUGUAGUACCGAUUCAAUCAGCUGGUCUUCCUAGAAUUCACUCAGGCGUUAAAUCGAAAACUGUUGAAAGUAGUAGCAGUCUAGACGACUCUAUUGUUAUCGAAGAAAGUAUCAUAUCGCUGCUCUUGAAAUUGCAUUCUCAGCUGAGUGGAACGUUAGACAGUUUUUCAUUGAACGAGAGUGUGAAUGACGUCGAGGACAUGGUAGUUGACUCGGAACCAGGACCAUCCAACAGGGAAUACGUAAAUCAGCCAACGUUUGCUACCGUUACGGACUCACGGAUUGGCGAUGGUCCAUUUUUCAUAGGAAAUUUAUUGCACAAAAUAGCUAAUUUGGAUGAAAUGUGUGCGUUGCGGAUAAACGAAGUCAGACAAAGUAUGUGGCCAAACCAAAGAGAGAAACAAGCUGAACAAAAGGCUGCGGAAACAAGAGAAAAGGAAGAGAGAAGUAAGCGUGCGAGGGAGCGACAGCAAAAACUAAUGGAAGAUUUUGCGAAUAAGCAAAAGAAAUUCAUGGAAACAUCCGCCGAAGGAAUGGAUUGUUGUGAAGAUGAAGAAGAGGAAGUGGAACAGUUACGUGAAAAGGAAUACGUCUGCAUCAUUUGCAAUCGAACAAAUCCCAGCACAGAAAACAAUCCCAUUGGCUUAGUAGUCCUAGUCGAAUCGAGUGGUGUCGUUGGUCACCGUAGAAAAACGAACGAACGAUUGUUGCUUCCGUUGAACGAUGAAGAACAUCAGAAACCUGGUCGUCAGGUGCGUUUAGCAACUGAAUUCAACCGACGUACCGAAUUAUUGAGCGCAAAGUUCGGUUCUGAGUCAUGGUAUUUGUCCAACAAUUCAGCUUAUGAGUCUGGCGUUCAUGUGCAGUCCUGUGGACAUCACGUACAUUUGACGUGUCACGAUGCAUAUCUCAGUUCACUGUACACCUCUCAGCGACACCAAAAUUUAAAUGUAGAACGCGGCGAAUUCCUUUGUCCCGUGUGCCGACAAUUGUCCAAUUCCGUUCUGCCAUUAAGUCCCGCAUUGGAUCGACCGACACCGCUGAUCCGUAUCCCAUCACCACCAUUCAAAGAUCUGGUAAUCGAAUUAACAACACUCAUCAAAGAGAACCGAAUGCCUACGAUAACAACAAAACUAUCGGAGGCGAUGAAUCGGGCCAUGGACGAUAUGACAAACAGCAUAUAUCGAAAAGCGAAGCGAAGACCGACGUCAACAUUACGGAAAUGGUUCUUGUUUGUAACGUCCAUAGCGCGAACCAAUUUGGAAGCGGAAAUCAUUCAACGAGGCGGCUCUUUAUGUUCCAGUAACUCGAUUCGAUUCAAACCGAAGAGAGAUUGCAUUGUUCCUCUACUGCACGUGUUAUCAGUUCGGGUACGUAUCUCGCCUGAUUGGCAACUGUGGCGCUCAUGGGCAUCAUUAUGUGGUAUACCCAGCGACGAUGCAGCCCCAGCGGCUUUACAAUGCAUCGAACAUGUGAAUUUGCAGUGCAUAGAGCAUAUUCCCAAUCUACUAUCCGAUCCGAUAGCAUUGAUGUUGAAGUAUAUACUCUUGGCGCCGCUUCAUUUAGAUCAGGUCUACUUUACGUGUAUCGUGAAAGCAACGUACAAUUUACUCUAUUACCAAGUGGUUGUUCAAAUUUGCUCCACAUUGACUGAAUCGGAAUGUGAUGAAAUUAUCAGCAAGUACUCAGCGGAACCGACCGUGUCCGUAACUGGUGUGUCCAAUUUAGGCGCAGCUAUUGUGUUAGUGUUAGAUGAAAUGAUGAGAACUACGUUGCUUCGUCGUCAAGCCGUCGACGUAAGCACCACCACACGAUUGAAUAUGGUAAGACUUAUUGACAUUCGGAGCGGACGAUUGGUGUUAAUCGAAAUUUUUGACUUUUAUUUUCAGGAUUCAUUAGAACAGAAAGUGCAGCAAUUAUGUUUACCGUUCCUUCGCGUAGCGUCACUGUUAAAACAUCAUCUCUAUCAAUACGAUUUACCCGAUAUAACGGCAUCUGAUGCCGAAUUUCGCGGUUUAGUCAAUUACUUGGAACUGGUGACCCCUGCAAAGAGCCAGAGCAAUUUCAAUUCUGCAAUGGCUCUGUGUUUCCUGGACGGCAAUGAAAAAUUGUUACCGAGAGACUGGUGCAAUCAACUGAUUGAAGUGCAGCCACCGCAUGAGGAUACCAGAGAAUUGAUAUUCAAUCAACAUAUAUCGUGGCAACAGCCUCGUCUGCUCGGACUUCCAAGAGAAUAUGAACAACUUUUUACGUAUUAUCAUGAGAAGCCUUGCUUGAAAUGUAAUACCAUACCAAAAGAGAGUUCAAUUUGCUUGUUAUGCGGUACGAUAGUUUGUUUGAAGCAACUUUGCUGUGAAGAAGAUAAAUGCUGUGAGGCUGUGAGACACACAAUGAGCUGUGGCGGUGGUGCGGGAAUAUUUUUGGUUGUUACAUCCACUUACAUUAUCGUGAUACGUGGCCGUCGAGCAUGUUUAUGGGGUUCGUUAUAUUUAGAUGACUUUUUCGAAGAGGAUCGAGACUUGAAACGCGGCAAACCAUUGUAUUUGAACGAGGACCGAUUUAGUUUACUGGAAUCACAAUGGCUUUCGCAUCGAUUCGCUCACACGAAACAUACAUGGGUUUUUCAUCGAGACACUUUGUAAGGCAGAAACGAAUGGAAAUAUGUUGCGCGGCAUGUCCGAGUUUGCCGAUUAUGAACAAUUCAAAUAGAUAAAUUUUUAAUUGAGAGCAACGAUCGUGCAUGUGAGCUGCUUAAUCUUAAAAGAGAAGAAGAAAAAAUGUUGAAGAUGAUCUUGGAACCUGUUCCCAUUCGGUUAGACUUCAGAAUUAACAUUAAGAACAACUAUGGAAAUUUGUACAUCUCUCCGACUCAUUUCUUUAAAAACAAAAAUUACAAAAAAACCUAAACGAAAAUGCGAAAAUGAAAAAAAAAAUUAUUUAUAUGAAAUUAUGUUAACCGGUACACCUUUCGUUAGUGUGACAUUUUACUAUUAACAACGCUGAUGGAGGAUAAUGAAAAGACAAGAGAAAACAAAUUGUUCGUUACUUUUUACGUGUAGCGCUAAGUUUUUCCUUACCCGAUCAUUUGUUUAAAUAGUCGCAUUAAGAGGUCAACAUAACAACAUUCAAUUGAGUUGAAUCGUUCUGGCUUUCCCUGCAUGGAAUAAAUUUUUCUUUUCAACAAAAAACCGGGCCUUUUGGUGAUGGUCGAUGGGUACGUUAUUUGUAAUUUAUUCAGCCAGUACAACUCAAGAAAAUUUGAUAUUUUGAAAUGUGAAUUUCUACUUCGUCUUCGCCAGGAAUCGAAACAUUUAAUACGAAAUUUUAACCUCGUCCUCCCAGUUAUCGAGUUAUCGAGUUUUCUUAUGACUACAAAAAAGACUCAUGAUCCGUCAGAACCGAGUAUAUGAACCGCUGAUUUCUAUUGAAAACAUCCUUCAAAGACUAAUAUGUCUUCGGCAGUGGUAUGCAGUACAAACUUAUAGAAACGGCUAGUCAUCAGCUAUCGACAAAAACUACACGAAUAAGCAAGUGUUCUCUUUUAUAGCGAAAUUUUUCAGACGAAAUAUUGAAGUAAUUGAUUUUGUAUCAAACACUCAAACACUACUUCACUCAAAUGUUCGAGCAAAUGUUGCGAUACGCUUGCCGUUUCUUAUAGGUGAAACCACUUUUUUCACUAAAUAUCACAAUCAACCGUGGAAUGCAUAGACGAAUAAACUCACGAUUAUUGACUCAACAGAGUCAGAAAUCUCAAAAAAAUGUACAACUCAAGAUUUUAGAGAUCUUUAAGGGGUUGGUAAAUGGUCACGUCAAAAUUGGCAAUUUUUCGUUUCGCAACACAAUUCAAGGUUUUGGAAAUAAAACUUCGAAUUAUUGCGUUGUGAAACGAAAAAUGACCCAUUUUGGCCUUUAAAACUGCCAAAUGGCCGGAAACAGUAUAAUGUGUAGUACUACUAAAAUAACGCGAAUCUACAGAACAGAUUAAGGAAUAUUACGCAUCCGUUAAGUUCGUAAAUUGUCCGUUUUACAAGUAAAUCGCCGCCGGUUUUUCAGUGGAUUCUCAUUUUCGAUUUUACGCGACACCACACGUAUGUACCCACUAAAUAUCCACCGUGUUCUAGUUUUAUAUUGACAAAUUUACAGUCGAUGUCAGUGAAAUUUAGACAUGAAUUUGAUUCAACCGUUUUUCAGCUGGUCAAACAAAUGCCCUUAUACCAGCGUGUACCAGCUGAAAAACAGCUGAAUAAAAUUCAUGACUCAAUAUUGCUGACGUUUACUCAAAUCGACUGAGGUUGAAACACUCCAUCUUGGAUGAAUUUGAUACCUUGAAAAAAUACGUGGCAUUACAGUAGGUGCAACGGAAUUCCAAAACCUCUAGAGACCCCAAGCUUAUAAACACAUAAUUAAUGUGCGACUCUUAAUCCGUUAAAUGAAAGAAAAAACAAACUCAAGGUUCUGCUCUCUAUUUUGUAACAUUUGAUUAAACUCAAAGCUGUGCUGUCCUCUUAAUAUCGAUUGUGUCAACCAAAUGUGCAAAACGCUCAACUCCAUUUGCCGAUCGAUGUUUUGUUCAACGUUUAAAGAAUACAACUCAGACUUCAUGAUUCUCCAUUUCAAUACACGAUUCUGAGUUGUAUUCUUUUGGUUAAAAAUAUGUGAACGGUGGAAUUUUGUUGGGUUGCGAAAUCGGUGGAAGGAAAAGCUUCAGGGGAUGAAAUGUUGAAAAUAUUUUCUAAUUAAAACAAAACAAAAAAAAGUAAAAAAAAU